AUGGCUUCCAACAAGGUGCCCGUCUACUCCACCAACGACCUCAAGUCAACUAGUGACGAUGCCUUGCUUCCCUACCUGGCUAAUCUCCCUGCACCCUACACCUUCGCGAUAGACCACAACAAGAGCAACAUCCGUUUCCUGCUUGGAUACAGCGCCGUCGCAAUCGCAGGCUUCACAUUCUACGCAGACCGCAAACUAGGCUGGGAGGCGACUAACUCGCCAUGGAUUAUCGCCGCGGUCGCCGCGUACUUUAUCCUCAACAGCGCGCUCACCUUUUGGAUUUGGGCCGUCGAGGCUGGGGAGGUGUUUAGUGGCAAGCGCAAAACCGGAGAAACCAUGUCCAUUUCCUCGUCUGUCGUGAAGAACAACGUCCCAUAUAAGUUGCAUGUGGUUUACAAGUCUCCCACUGGAAAGGUCCUCCAAGACAAGCGCUUCGAGGCACCAUUUACCAUGUGGUUCUCAAAAGAUGGCGUGUUCCACCCUGAGCCAUUCCGCCGCUGGUUGGCCAGUGAGGUUGAUGUGUUGAGGUUGGCGGCCAAGGAGAACGAAAAGAAGACUGGUGGAGUUGCUGCUGUUGUUCCGCCACCCGGUGAGAGCAGCAAACGACGCGGGUAG